AUGAGGGCAAUAGCAAGCAGGCUAUACAGUGGUUUAAGAAAGAAGGAACCGGGCGAUCUAUUCUCUAGUAGGUCCAUACUCUCGAAGAAGCCUGUGAAGGAUGUCCAUCCCAAAGCACCGGUUCGUACCAGGUUUGCACCUUCUCCUACAGGAUUACUGCAUAUCGGUUCAUUGAGGACUGCUCUGUACAACUACUUACUGGCCAGGAACACUGGGGGACAGUUUUUACUGAGACUGGAAGAUACGGAUCAGAAGAGGUUAGUACCAGGAGCAGAACAGAACAUCUACGACAGUCUCAAGUGGUGUGGAAUCGAUUAUGAUGAGGGUCCAAAUGUCAAUGAUAUGAAGUGCGGGCCUUUCAGGCAGAGUGAGAGAACCUCGAUCUAUCAGAAGUAUGUCGAUGGGCUGCUCGAGUCAGGCCAUGCCUACCGUUGCUUUUGCUCAAAAGAGAGGUUAGAUGGGCUCAGAGAAUCCGCAAAACGAUUGAAACCACCAACAACGACAAGUUAUGAUCGAGCGUGUGCUGACUUAAGCCAGAAAGAGAUAGAUGAUAAUCUGGCCAAGCGAACUCCUUUCACAAUCAGAAUGAGGGCUCCCGAUCGAUAUCCCCCUUUCAAAGAUCUUCUACAUGGUGUUGUUGAUAUACAGCCGCAGGUUAAUAUUAAUGAUCGCAGAUAUGACGACCCUAUUUUAGUCAAAUCUGACAACCUACCCACUUAUCAUUUUGCUAAUGUUAUUGAUGAUCAUUUAAUGAAGAUCACCCACGUAAUUCGGGGUGAGGAAUGGCUUCCAUCUACCCAAAAGCAUAUUGCUCUCUAUCAGGCCUUUGGAUGGGAACCGCCAUCGUUCAUCCACAUCCCAUUAUUGACCAGUGCAAACGACAAGAAAUUGAGCAAGCGGAAGGGCGACGCCUCUGUGUUAAACAUGAAGGAAAACGGUAUUUUGCCAGAAGCUCUAGUGAACUUUUGUGUACUAUUUGGCUGGUCACCGCCAAGGAAGCUUGCCACUGCGAAUCACGAAUGUUUUACAUUAAAAGAGUUCGAACGGAUUUUUAAUCUGAACUACCUAACGAAAGGCAACGCUAAAGUUGAUGAUAAGAAGCUGUGGUUUUUCAAUAAACAUUACCUACAGAGCCGAUUAGCGGAUCCCUCGCAGUUUGAAAUAAUCGCACAAGAAGUUUGCAGCAACAUAAGGCCUGUAUUCGGAGAUGCGGUAACAUUAGAUAAAAUCAAAGUGAUUCUAAAGAAAUGCGGAACAGCUCUCACAACGUUAAAUGAGUUCAAAGAUACGUUUUCCUACUUUUUCCAGAGGCCAACAUACACAAAUUCGAAGGCAGCUAGUGAAUUUCUAGAAACACACAACAAGGAAGACACUUUGAGGGUCUUGGAGCACUUCCAAGACGCCAUUAGUCAAUCAAACAUUGAAGAGCUCAUUAGAGAACUAGCCUCUCAGGCCUCGAUAUCCAAGAAAGCCAUCUUCGAGUCAUUGAGAUUCGCGCUGGCGGAAUCACAUCCUGGAACGAAGAUACCAGUACUCAUCGAACUCCUGGGCCCUGAAGAAGCGAAUGUCAGGAUCUCCCGAGCCAUUGGCCGGAUCCAAGCACCAACUAGUAGGCUAUAG